AUCACAAAACCUCCUACCGGGGUUUCCAAAUCCCACUGAAGAUCCCAAAAUAUUCCAUCUACUUUUCGUGCUCUCCGCCUGUUUCACGUUUCACAAGUUUUCGCAUUCGCAAUCCACAUGCUAUUUGAUUUCUUAAAGCUUAAAUAUCUGUGAACCAGUCAGCGCUUCCCUUUUAUUGCCUCUUUAGACGAUUAAAAUAGCGCGAGUCGCGCUUCUUUUACAUCUAAAUUCUCUAACAGGCAUCUCGAAUCAGAUCUGUCAGUGACUUGAUUUCGUAUCAAUUCGUUUUCCAGCUGGAUGCAGUAAUGGCAGAUUUUAGUUCUGGACCCAACUUGAAGGAAUUUUUCAUCCCAACUUACAUUCUUGUACCUGAAUCAGAGGUUGUAAGUGUUCCAGAUGCACCAAAAUGCCCCGUUCUUGUGUUUAUUAAUUCUAAAAGUGGUGGUCAGCUUGGUGGGGAGCUUCUUGUUACGUAUCACUCUGUUCUCAAUGAACAUCAGGUUUAUGAUUUAGGGGAGCAUGCUCCUGAUAAGAUUCUACAUAAUAUCUAUGUCAAUCUUGAAAGACUCAAGAAUGAUGGUGAUGAAUUGGCUGCUAAAAUUCAAGAGAGGUUGCGAAUUAUAGUUGCAGGCGGUGAUGGUACGGCUGGCUGGCUUCUUGGGGUUGUUUGCGAUCUCAAAUUAUCUCACCCUCCACCAAUAGCCACAGUGCCAUUGGGAACAGGGAACAAUCUUCCAUUUGCCUUUGGAUGGGGCAAGAAAAAUCCUGGGACCGAUCGUCACUCUGUGGAGUCUUUCUUGGAGCAAGUGCUCAAAGCAAAGGAAAUGAAAAUAGACAACUGGCAUAUUCUCAUGAGGAUGAGAACUCCGAAAGAAGGUUCCUGUGACCCUAUUGCUCCUCUUGAGUUACCACAUUCUCUGCAUGCAUUUGAACGUGUUUCCUUAAAUGAUGAGCUGAACAUGGAAGGCUACCACACAUUCCGUGGGGGAUUCUGGAACUAUUUCAGCAUGGGAAUGGACGCACAAGUAUCAUAUGCAUUUCAUUCCGAGCGAAAGUUGCAUCCGGAAAAGUUUAAAAAUCAAUUGGUCAAUCAGAGCACCUAUGCUAAGCUUGGUUGCACACAAGGGUGGUUUUGUGCUUCUCUCUUUCAUCCUUCAUCACGGAACAUAGCUCAGCUGGCAAAGGUUAAGAUUAUGAAAAGACAGGGCCAAUGGCAGGACCUCCACAUACCUCACAGCAUCAGGUCAAUUCUAUGUCUUAACCUGCCCAGCUUUUCUGGUGGACUGAAUCCUUGGGGAACACCAAAUAGGAGGAAAUUGCGUGAUAGAGACUUGACUCCACCAUUUGUAGAUGAUGGACUUCUUGAGGUUGUUGGUUUUAGAGACGCUUGGCAUGGACUUGUUUUGCUUGCUCCAAAGGGACACGGGACUCGACUGGCACAGGCACGCCGAAUCCGCUUUGAGUUUCACAAAGGUGGUGCUGACCAUACAUAUAUGAGGAUUGAUGGAGAACCAUGGAAGCAACCCUUGCCAGUCGAUGACGAUACAGUUGUGGUAGAAAUAUCCCACCUUGGUCAGGUAAACAUGCUUGCCACCCAUGAUUGUAGGUCUAAAAGUGUGUAUGAUCCCUCAACACCUACCAGUAAUGAGGAUGAGGAAGAGGAAAGUAAUGAUGAGGAAGACUCUGUACGAGGAGAAGAGUGGAGGAAGUUUGGUGCAGCUGACACGUUCAAGAUUCCAGAUGAGGUUGAUAUUUCUCAUCUCAGUUAAACCCGUCAAUCUAUCCUUUAAAAUUAGUAAUUUUAGUCUUAGUUGUAGAGUUUCAUUGUUCUCUCUUUACUCUGGUUAUUGCUGCACAUUUGCCAUUGCCCAUUGGAUAUAACCCACUGUUUAUUAAUUCCUACAUGA